AUGCUUUCCGAUGUCAAUCACAGCGUGGCACUGGCUGCCCUCGCCUCGUUAGGUGUUCCCAUUGCUGCCCUAUGGUUCCUUUUCAGGCUCCUGUUUCCGAAGCCGGAUCCCCUCGCUCCAUACCCGUUACUAAAUGGCCGGCGACCAGGCGAGCUCUCUUUGAAGCAUGCAAAGCAGCGGUUCGUUGUCAAUGGAAACCAGUUAAUCAUAGACGGGUUCAAGCUGUACCCAGACGGCUUCCGGAUCCAGAGCGAUGACGGUAUCGCCCUGAUACUACCUCCUCGGUAUGCCGAAUCUGUCGGCGCAGAGGGGGCCUUGAGCGUCAAAAUGAGUCUGGAAAUGUGGCUGAAGCCGCAUAUCCCCGGGAUGGAACCCUAUAGGUUCAUGAACUUUCAGGGCCAUUUGCUGUUUCGGGCUCUUCGUUCCAAGCUAUCGCGAGCGCUUGUCUCUCUAUUCGACCCGCUCGCAGCAGAAGCAGACGUGGCAAUCAAGACAUACUGCCCCAAUGACUCCGAAUGGCAACCAGUUGUCCUGAAAAAGGUCUGUUCCCACCUCAUCGCCCAAUGCCAGUCGCGAGCAUUCGUCGGCCAAGACAUGUGCCGCCACCCGGAAUGGCUUCACAUAAUGGUGAAUUACUCCAGUGACACCUUCAUGACUAUGAUGGAAAUGCGUCUAUGGCCGAAGAAACUCCUGCCUCUCGUGCACUGGUUCCUCCCUGGGUGCCAAAAGAUCCGUGCGCACGUCCGCAAAGGAGGCCAACUCUUGGCAGAAGAAAUGAAUAGCAGACAAGGUAAAGCUGAUGAUCGUCGAACGCAUGCGGGCAAGGUAGAGGCUGGACCCGAGCCGUAUAACGAUCUCAUCGAGUGGAUGGAUGAGCUUGCAGAGGGCCAUCCAUAUGACCGGGUGACGGCACAUCUGGCGUUGCCGUUUCUGGCCGUUCAUAAUGCGAGUAUGAUUCUCAAUGAGACGAUACUGUUGAUUUGCCAGUCGCCACAGCUGAUGGAUGAUUUGCGGAGGGAGAUUGAGCGCGUCGUUCCCGUGCAUGGCUGGGAUAAGGCUUCCCUGACUCAUCUUGAGCUGAUGGAUGGUGUUUUCAAGGAAACGAUUCGGUUGAAGUCGGGUCUACUGUUCGGCAUGCAGCGCGUCGCCAGAGAAGACGUCGUCCUCAAAGACGGCACCUUUAUCCCAAAAGGCACAUACUUGAAUGUUGCGAGCACGCACAUGCGCGACAACUCGGUCUUCCCCGACGGCAAAGAGUUCAACCCGUAUCGGUACGUCAAGAUGCGUGCGGAGGGAAAGGUCCACUGCGCUCAUCUUGUCGCCACGACUAUGGACCACCUGGGCUUUGGAAUGGGUCGGCACUCAUGUCCUGGGCGAUUUUUUGCCGUUGACAUCUUGAAGAUUGUUCUAUGUAAACUGCUCCUGCAGUACGACAUCAAGCCUGGCGAGGAAGAUGUGAAGACGUGGGUUCAUGGCUUUAGUUUCAAUUCGGACCCAUCUGCGAGAGCUUAUCUUCGGAGGAGAGCGGGAGUUCCUUUAGUUUGA